AUUCUGCAAGAAUGAAAAUCAUCUUGGCCCGACUUCUUGUUCUUGCUGUUAGCCUGCCACUGUCCAAUGCUUUUUGCUUCCUUCAGCCAAUGAAUCUAGAAUCUGGCAGUGCCAUUGCAGGCUGCCGUGACUCAAAAGGAGAGCUGCAUAAAUUUGGUUCCAGCUGGAGGACCAAUAACUGCUUUGAUUGCUCCUGUUCUGAGGGCAGAAUUAGCUGCUGCUCCAGCUUUUUAACACCAACUGGCUAUGAUGAACAGAAGUGUGUAAGCAUUUUCAACAAGAAGACCUGCACUUAUAAAAUAGUGGAGAAAGAUGAUCACUCAAAAGAAUGCCCAGUCCGUGAGUGGGUGGGCUAA